GGCGGGAAUUCUGAGAGGGCAGCUGGGAAGAUUGGCGGGAGCUGUCAUUUGGAGAAGGGGCAAUGGCUGCUGAGUGCGAGGACCAGGCUUAUUUGGGCUCGGAAGAGAUAAUUCCUGAAUUGAAGAAUUUGGAGAGUGAUUCUGACAGUGGUCAAGGCAGUUGUGAGAUGGCAUCUCCCUUGGAACUGAGUCGCAGCCUGGCUGAAGAAGAUUCAGAUGAAGAAAUACUGGUAAAAAGGAAACCAAAGAACAAGAAAAUACUUGAAGAAAGUGACAGUGAUGAAGGCGAGAAAAGCACAUUUGCUAUCUCUGAUGAAGUGAAUGGAGAACAUGAGGAUGAAAUCAAGGAGACCGUAAAGGAUCUUAAAGGGAAACACGGCAGAAUCCUCUCUAUACCGCUGGACAGUGAAGACAGUGACAAAGAAGGUCUGACUGAAAAUGUCAACAAGCCUUCUUCUGAUGCUACAAGUCCGGGGAGGGACAGACCUGUGGUCAAGCAGAAGAAAAAUCACAAGUCAUCUAGGACGCGGGAUGGGAAAAAUUCUGCAGAACUUGUAAAGGAGAAAUCAAAAAGACAAACAGGAAAGAGAGAGAAGAAAAUUGCACCUACAGGAAAGGUGAAAAAGGAAAAGAAACGUAAAUCACAGGUGCAGACAGAAAAUGAGAGUCCUCCGUUAAAUGACAGCGGUUGUCUUCUAGCAGAUAAGGAUUUGUUUGAAAAUGAAAUGGGGGUUGAGAGUGACCUGGAAGAGGAGUCCUUGGAUGCUAUUCGCACUAGUGUUAAAGACAAGCUGAAGGGCGAUUCUCAUCAUUCUGGUGAUUAUGAAGGCUCUGAGUCUGACCAUGAGCUUGAAGCGAGCUUUGAAAAAAGAAAGGAAAGGAAAGCAGCACGGAUAAGUAAAGAAGCUAUGAAGCAGCUACACAGUGAGACACAGAGACUUGUAAGAGCGUCUUCUCUUUCUCUGCCAUAUCAUGUACCUGAACCCAAAACUAUCCAUGACUUUUUCAAACGCCGUCCAAGGCCAGUUUGUCAAGGAAAUGCAAUGCAGCUAAUUAAAUCUUCAAAGUAUCUUGCGUGUAAAUCAGAUGAAGGAAUGGACUGUGAAUCUAUCAGAGUACAGGAAACAAAAGUAAAUACCGGAUGUCAACUCCAAGAUCCACAGGGUUUGGACACAAAUGAACAUUGCAAAAACGUAAGGGAAGGAGAUGAUGGUGGAGAUUGUGAAUCUGGAAAUGCCAGUAAUGCUCCCGUAAUGUCUUCAAACUCGCAACUAUGUGAAGAUCUCAUUGAUCAGACAAACACCGUUAAAGAGAUUUUAGGAAAAGAUGAAAAUGUUUCUGGAGUACCCAGUUUACAAAAAGAAAAUGCAGCAUGUGAGCAGGGUCUGACAGCUGAGAAAAGCUCAACAGUCUCUACACCACGUAUACCAAAACUAUCCAAGUUGGAAAAACUGCGUGCGCUUGGAGUAGACCUGGCUGUGAAACCUCGUCUCUGUGCAGAUGAGGGAUCUUUUGUCAACCUUGAUGAGCCAAAUCCCAAUAAAGAGCUUGAAGCUUUGAAAGAGCGUUUCCUGAAGCAUACACUUCAUAAGGCUAAGCCUGUGGCGGAGAGGAAACUCAACCUAUCUAUUGUUCGUAAGGAGACAAAUGCUGAGGGUAAAGAGGAGCUAAAAAUGGAUAUUGUACCUGUCGUUAUGGCUGCAGAAAACUUGGAGGAGAAAAUUCAUGGGAAGCCAGGAGAAAAGCUGCAAGUGCUAAAAGCUAAGCUGCAGGAAGCUAUGAAGUUACGUCGAAAUGAAGAACGCCAGAAGCGCCAGACUCUGUUUAACCUAGACAAUGAAGAUGGCUUCCAUGAUGAAGAGGAAGCAGAAAUGACAGAGUCUGAAGAUGAGGAGGAAGGAAAUGAAGAGGAUGUAGAGUAUCUUCUCGGAGAUGGAGUGGAAGAUGAUGAUGAUGAUGCAAACCGGGAAGAGUUGGAGAAAGAUGUGCCUGCAAACGUUAUACCACCGCGAAGACCAGUGAUUACAGAGUCAACUUUGAUGAUGUUCGAAAACCAGUCCACCAAGCUAGGAGAUUCCCUUCCUGAUAAAAUGGGUUCUGAGGAAGCUGCCUGCAAAGACCUUGGCAAACUGGAGGAAGAGGAUUAUCUUCAGGGAAAGGAGAACAGUCACAAUAGCAGUUUUGAGCUGAUUGGCUCCAUGAUUCCGUCGUACCAGCCGUUCAGUAAAGCUGCACGUGGAUCCCUCCAUUCCACAGUAACCGGCUUCCGCUCACCAUCUCCAAUGCACUUCAAAACAAGCUUUCUCAGCUCUGCAUCCAAGAGUUCUGGCAAGAUGUCAGAACCCUCUCUUCCUGUGGAAGAUUCUCAAGAUCUGUACAACGCCUCACCAGAGCCCAAGGCUUCUUACCUCUGUGCUGGCGGGGGCUCGCAAUUUCAAUUCUCUUUGGAAGAUACACAGAGCCAGCUUCUUGAUGCCGACGGGUUUCUUAAUGUUGGCCAUCAUAGGAGCAAGUACAGCUCAGCCAAACACAGGCUAGUACUGGACACCAUGGAUGAAAAUGCUAUGGAUGCAAACAUGGGGGAAUUGCUAGACCUCUGCUCAGGGCAGUUCCCAGAUCUUAGCCAAGGCAAUGUACCAGACCCCAAGGAAGAGGCCAUGGAGGAGCUGCUAGGACUGUGCUCUGGGAAGUUUGUCUCACAAGAUACUUCAACUCAGAAUUCUUCAUCCGCUGCAAAAAUUCACAAAGAGACUGAAAAGAAUCCCAUGUCAGAAGCUGCACCUCCAUGUUCUGGAUCUUUCCCAGUCAGAUUUGCAUGCAUAUCUAUGAAUCUCCACAGAGAAGACAGUGAAGAUGAAGAGGAGGAGUUUGGUGAUUUUCAACUCUUGCCAUGUGAUGAAUCUGAUAGCGAAAGUGAGAAAGAAGAUGAGAAAGACAGCAACAGUGAUGGUGAAAAUGAGGAAGACAGUGAAAAUGAUGAAAAGGAAGCUUCUGAAGAAGAUGAAGAGGAUUUGCUAAGACUGCAGCAGAAAAAGAAAAAGCUGAAGUUAAAAGACUUCAUGGAAGAUGAAGCUGAGCUUUCUGGGAGUGAUGCUGACAGUGGCGAUGAGGAAGAAGGGGAAGAGGAUGAAUAUGAGGAAGAGGUCAUUGAUGAAGACCUUCCUUCAGACGAAGAAUUGCAGGACCAAGUCAACAAGAUCCACAUGAAAGUAACCAUGGAUGAGGACAAGCGGCGGCUGCGCCUGUAUCAGGAACGUUACUUAGCUGAUGGGGAUCUUCACAGCGAUGGACCGGGGAGAACAAGAAAAUACAGAUGGAAGAUGUUUGAUGAAGCCUCUCAGCUCGACAUGUUCCGGAGAGACUCUGAAGCAGAUGAGCAAGAGGCGGAGAAUGAGGAGCUGGACGAGACGGAAGCCAGAUGGAGGAAAGAAAGAUUUGAGCGAGAACAGUGGCUCCGGGAGCAGGCUGAAAGAGGGCAUGCUGAUCAGGAGGAAGAUAUUGGUGAAGGCAGCCAGUUCAUGAAACUUGCUAAAAAGGUUACUGCUAAAGUCUUCCAGCGACGAGCUACUGUUGAAAUGAAGGAAGUGAAGAAACCUGUAUCCAGAAAUCCAUUUGAAGUGAUAAAACCAUUUAGCCAGCAUAAGAUGCAGACUGGGUCCCUGUUAAACAAGCCUAAGGAAGUUUUGCAGAAACUUGCGGCAAUGUCUGACCUUAAUCCCAAUGCACCGCGGAACUCCAGGAAUUUUGUCUUUCAAACCGUGUCACCGGGAAAGAAAGAAAGUGAGGAAAAGCCAAAGUCUAAGAUCCGCAAGAACAUUUCUCUCCCUACUCCUUCUCCGAAACGAUUUAAAUCUGACAACAUCAGCUCUGCCAAAAGUAAAAGCCGCAGCAUUUUCCCUUUCUUAGAGAGUUAACCCAGAGCUAUUUUGAUCCACUUUUGUAGCAUUAUCUAUCUGUCAGAUGAUCUGGACAGGUACUCCUUGUGUUGCUCUUGCACAGUAAUUGUUUAUAUACCAUUG